AUGGGUUUAAUUGAAGGGUGAUUUCUAUUUAGAAGUGAGAAAAAACAUGAUGUUAAAAUUGACAAUGUAGUUUGCAAGCUUGUAAAGUUAACAUAGGACUCAGUCAAAGCCUCUCAGCCAAUCCAAAAAUUGGCUUCUCUAGAAUAUCUUAGAGCUCUAAAAGAGCACUCAUCUUAUCAUGAAAAACAAUCCAAAAGCUUAUCAGACAGCGUAGAAUAUGCUAUUGAUAAAGCAGUUCGGGAAAGAAUGCAGCAAGGUCUCUUUGGAUAUGAUCAUUCUCAAUUGAUAGUGGUUGAAAUGGAGUUACAGAAGAAUCUAUUAAAAGAAAAGGGCCCCAAAAGUCCUGAAGCAGCUGAAGCAUUAGUCAAUAGAAUGCUACUAGAAAAAUUAGAAGCUUCUGAAAAGCAGAACCCAGGCAGAAAACUAGAUUAUGAAAAUUGAAAACGGAAAAAAGACGCUGAGGGCCGUCUGAAGAAAAAACUUACAUCUGAAGUACUAGGAAUUGAAAAAGAGCAAGAAAUCAUAGAAAUCAAUGAAAAAAUGACCCAUGAAGCUGAAAGCUCGAAGAAAGUCAAAGAAUGGGCAAGAGCAAAAAGAAAAGAAGAAAGACAAAAAAGAAGAGAAAAAUUGAUACAAGAAAAAAUAGUUGAAGAAAGCAAAAAUAAAAAAAGAGAAGAGGCAAAUGCUCAUUAUCGAGAGUGAUUAAGGGAUAGCCUUAUGAAGCUUAAAGAACAAAAGAAAAGAGAAAGAGCAGAAAGGAAAACAAAGGCAGCACUUGAAAGAGAAAUUGAGAGACAAAAAGAGGAAAAUAAAAUCAAAGCAGAACUUGCUUAUCAAGAGUGGCUUAUAAAUAAGCUUACUCCCCUUUCAGUGAGCAACAAAAAAUUCUAUCACUCAAGGAGGGGGUUAGUUUUUUUUUUUUUAAAAACAUUUAUAUAUAAAUUUUAUAUAAAAAACAUUUUUUUCGAAAUUUUUAAAAAAAUCCUAAUUUGCAAAAAAAUUGGGAAGCAAAUAUUAAUUUAAUUUAUAAAAUUUAUUUAAAACAUAAUUUGUUUAAAAUUAAAAAGAAUUAGCUCGAGAUUUCAUUAUAAUAAUUAUCACUUAUAUAUCAAACAAUUUUUUUCAUAAAAAAAUUUUUGUUCACUCAUGGAGGGAGUUUUUGGGCAAAAAAAAAGGGAUUUUUCUAAUAGUUUUGUUCACUCACUGAGGGAGGGGAGUUAGUAAAACAGAACCGAACACUCCUGAAAUAUACCCUGAGCCGAAAAUAAAGAAGCCAACUAUGCUAGCAUAUUCCCCAAAUAAACAGAAAAUCCCAGUAAUCCAAAACAGUUAUGAUGAGUAUAGCGAAAGCAUCACUGAGAAUAUUGAGUAUUCUGAUUAUUCUGAUGAAGAGGAAGAAGAAAGUAUUCCUAUAGUCUCAUCUCAAAAGCCUCCAAGACAUAAUGCGAAUCCUCUGCAAAUGCAAAUGAAUCAGCAUCGAGUUGAUGACAAUCAUACGUUUGAAGAUCUUUCUUCAAUUAGAAGAUCCCCACAUGUAAUAGAUGCAUAUCAGAAUGAGCAAGAAGUCAGCGAGUCUAGUUUUGAAGGAAGCAGUUAUGAGGAGAAUUAA